CAAUUUGCGAAGUGACGUCUACUGUGCCGAAGGACCUCCUAAGCUGGCUGCUUGAUUGCCUGACGAUCUAGGGAAUUCACGGGGUUUUUUUUUUCGCCACACGGGGAUAGCUGUGUGAAACUGGGUAGACCCCCGUCGUACGGGGAUGAAUGGUAACCCUAAUUUUGACUAUGAGUUCGAGGAGCCACAGGCCAUGCUCAUCCUCUAGGGGGUAAGAGAGAGAGAGAGAGAGAGAGAGAGAGAGGGUUGAUUUCACCUACGAGACCCAGGGAUAGUCACCACCCCAGCUUAGACUUUUGAAAAUCCAUGUCAGUGUUUUCUGCAAGAGUGACUCCAGAAACCAAAAAGAAGAUUGAUUCAAUUUUAAUUAUCCCUAAAUAUGGGUGAAAACACCAGUCCUAUCAGUGUAAUUCUAGUGAGUUCAGGAAGCAGAGGAAAUAAACUACUGUUCAGAUACCCGUUUCAGAGAAACCAUGAGCCUCAGUUAUCAAAGACAAUUAAUCCAAGGAGCUGUUAUGCCUUGCCUAACACAGGGGACAAUAGUGAUGAUCCAGAUGGAGACUCCAAAGAGCCAUGUCCUCUAACAGAUGAGCAAUUGGUUGAAGGGUUUUCAGAUGUCAUUCUUGCAACAAUUUUGGCUACAAAGUCAGAUAUGUGUGGCAAAAAGUUUGAGCUGAAGAUUGACAAUGUGCGAUUUGUUGGCCACCCGACCUUGCUUCAACAUGCACAGGUUUCAAAAACAGACCCUUCCCCAAAGAGAGAAGCACCUACAAUGAUUCUUUUCAAUGUUGUGUUUGCCCUAAGGGCUAAUGCUGAUCCCUCCGUAAUAAACUGCUUGCACAAUUUGUCUCGCCGAAUUGCCAUUGUUUUGCAGCAUGAAGAGAGACGCUGCCAGUACUUAACAAGAGAAGCCAAACUCAUUUUGGCAAUUCAAGAUGAAGUCACUGCUAUGUCUGAAACCAAUGGGGGGCCACAGUCACCUUUUCACCAUAUUUUACCGAAAUGCAAACUGGCAAGAGAUCUAAAGGAAGCUUAUGACAGCCUUUGUACUACUGGUGUAGUUCGUCUGCACAUCAAUAAUUGGCUGGAAGUCAGCUUUUGUCUGCCACAUAAGAUCCAUUGUGUUGGAACAAAUUUCAUCCCACCAGAUGCAAUAGAAAAAAGUUUGAAAUCAAUAAGACCAUACCAUGCUCUGUUACUUUUAAAGGAUGAGAAAAACUUACUUAAUGACCUCCCUCUGGAUUGUUCUCCGGCUUUAGUAAGAAUCAUUAAGUCAGCAUCUGCUGUAAAGAAUCUUCAACAACUGGCUCAAGAUGCUGAUUUGGCCUUGUUACAGGUAUUCCAGCUUGCAGCUCACUUAGUUUAUUGGGGCAAAGCUAUUAUAAUCUAUCCACUUUGUGAGAACAAUGUCUAUAUGCUGUCCCCAAAUGCAAAUGUUGGUCUCUAUUCAUCUUUGGCGGAACAGUUUUCACAUCAGUUUCCUGCACACGAUCUCCCAUCAGUUCUUUCAAAGUUUUCUCUGCCUGUUUCAUUAUCAGAGCUUAAAAACCCUUUGUCCCCACCAGGACAGGAGCCGCACCUCAUACAGAUGGUCAUCUGGAUGCUGCAGCAUCGGCUCCUGAUCCAGAUCCACACAUAUGUUUGCCUUCUGGUGCCUCCAAAUGAAGACGUGGCUUCAACCAAAGAUGAAGAUACACCUUUUGCUGCUAGAGUUGGAGGAAGAAGCCUUAGUACCCCAAAUGCUUUAAGCUUUGGCUCACCAACUAGCAGCGACGACAUGACUCUGACCAGUCCAAGUAUGGAUAAUUCCAGUGCUGAACUUCUACCAGGGGCAGAUUCCCCAGUCAACAAAAGAGCAACAGAGAAUCUACUUGCAAGUCUUUCCCAACAUGAGAGGGAAGCAAUUCUCAGUAUACCAGCAGCUCAGAAUCAAGAGGACCUCAAAAUGUUUGCAAGGCUUCUGCAUUAUUUCCGGGGACGACACCAUCUGGAAGAGAUCAUGUACAACGAAAACAUGCGACGGUCUCAGCUUUUGAUGUUGUUUGAUAAAUUCCGAAGUGUGCUUGUAGUUACGAACCAUGAGGAUCCAGUUAUAUCUGUCUUUCAGUCUGUGUUUCCUUAACAACUAAAUCCUCUCUGUCAAAGAAUGUCACAGUUUUACUGGUGUAGUAAAUGGUUUUUGUUUUAUUUAUUAA